GUGGUAGGCUAGACCAUCGACGACCACAGUAGCACUGUAGUACUGCUCGGUACUCACUCUUGCACCUGGCGCCCCUUUCGUCACUCCCUUCCCACACUCGGCACUCCCAAGCCGCACAUAUCCUCGCCAUCCCUCUGUGCCCUCUGUGCCCUCUCAGCCGCCUCUCUUGCUCCGGUCACCUGCUGUCCUGCCGCCCCGCCCUCAACUCCAGCUCCAUCCGUCCUCAACCAUCGUCACCAUCGCCGUCCUGCCCCAGUUCUUGCUCCUGUUCCACCCCCAACACCUCCUCCUCUUCUGCUACUGCUCCUGCUCCUGCUACUGCUGGCGACUUUCCGGGGUCACCUCGCACAUGACAACAAUACAACCUCGCGAACCGGCCCGAACAUGACAUCUGUCAGCGCUGCCACGCAGACAGCCACACAUGAGCUGCAGCCUGCACCCGCACCCGCACCCGCACCCUCCACAGCGGCCCCCACAGCCCCAGUCGCGACACCCUCAACCGAGAAAGCCGCUGGGCAUGACGGGCGCCUGAAACACGCAAGGCCACAAGACCUGCCAUCCUUUCCAUCUCUCGGCCUCAGGGAAGGGGAUGCCGCAGCAAGCGCCGCAGCCUCAUUAGGCUGGGCCUCCACCAAGCCAGUAGCCCUCUGGGCCCCCGGCAGCGACUCCCACGCCCAUAGGGCUGCCACUCUGGCAACCGAUUACAAGAUGCCUUCCGCCUGGCAACCAAACCCCAGCUCCUCCGGCUCCAAGACUGCCGCCGUGCUUGCCGCCGAGAAUGCCACCCGCGGCGACAGGCAGUCCUCGUCCGCCCUCCUGCCCGCCACCGCAUGGGGCAACUCGGCCGCGAACCAGGCCUUCGCAGCCGGCAGGAAGUCCCCCCGCGACUCCGCCGCACCACAUACUAUGCCCUCCCUCGACAGGCAAAAGAGCCUGCGCGCCGCCCGGGGCGCAAUGGCCGCCAACACGAGGCCGCGCUCCACCUCUACCCCCAUGACCUAUCCCGACUCGGCCAACGCCGCUGCGAAUGCCCUCAGCGCCGCCACCAUUGCCCACCGUCCCACCGCCGCCGGUCCCGCCACAGCCGCAGGUGCCUCGCCCAUCACCAAACUGGACCGGCAGAUGUACACCUCCAACCCGCCAGUAAAGCCCGAGGUUGACGAGCGGAAUCGUGAGGCCGUGCUUCAUGCAAGCGCGGUCGCUAUGGCAAAAAAGAUGUACAGCACUCAGCAAAAGGCUUUCGACAACGCAGCUCGUGGCAACGAGCAAGGCGGCUCACGGCCCGGGAGCGCCGACGGCCAUCAGGUCCGGCCGAUGCACUUCAACAACCUCCAGGAGGCCGCAUACAGGCUUGCCCAGGAGCGGCUGGCAAAGCUCCAAGACGAGCACCAGCGAAACAGGGGCUACCAGGACUACUAUGGCGCCGGCGCGUCCCCCGCCUCCCCAGGGAGGAGGUUCACCAAGUUAGGCAAGGCAAGACGACGCUCAUCUAGUGACAGCGAUGUCGCCCGUCCGGGAACCGAAGACGACCGACAACGAUCCAGGCAGAUUCACAAGCAAAUGUCGCUCUUUUCCACCCGCCUUUCCGAAGUGGACGAGUCCCAGCGCGCCAGGGACAGGGAUGCCCUGCUCGCGGCGGCGCAAAGAAACGUCAAGGCCGCCAUGGAGGGCAUGGACGAGAAGGUGUCCCGUGACACCGGCCGGGUGACCUCGGCGAAGCUCAGCGAGUGGGAGCUGAGGGCGCAUGCCACCGCGCAGGCGAGGAGUGACGAGCGCAAGGGGGGUGGUCCUGCUGCUGGGCAAGUCGACCUCGGUGGCGGCCAGUACAUGGACCGUGAGAGAGUAGAGGAGAUCGCGGCAAAGAGGGUGCAGCCCCUGCUUGAUGAGAUCAAUGAGAAGGCCGAGAUGGAGAGGAAGAGGAUAGUGGCGUUGCGGGAAGAGCAGGAGAAGAAGAGACUCGAGUGGGAAGCCGAGAAGGCGAGGAACGCCGAGGUGAAGGAGAACCAGCGGAAGCUGAAGGAGGAGGAAAAAUCAAGGAGAGACGAGCUCAAACAAGAGGCAAAGGCAAGAAGAGAAGAAGAAAAGGCGGCCAGGGCCGAAGAGAAGCGUCUGGCCCGAGAGCAGAGGGAACAUGAGAGUGAAGGUCCUCCGGGAGCAGCGCGACAGCCCAACGAGGAAAGCACAUCGCAUAGGCACCGCAUCCUACCUUUUACGCCCAAAAUCCAAACCAAGUCGUCAUCCGCAACCAACGCCAAAGGCGAGCCAUCGCCCCUAUCGCCAUCUUCAAAUACCUCACCCGAGUCGGCAAGCGAGUCACCUACCAGCCGCGUCAAGAACUGGCUCAAGUCACGACUUUCGAAGCCCCGGGCGAAGUCGAUCUCGGGGAACAACGCCAAGUCCUCCGAUACCGGCAGUGUCAAAGCACCGGGCGGGUUUCUAGGCGGCCACAGGCUCAAGCGUCUGCACCCGGACGGAACGGGAAGCAUGACGAGCCUGGGCGAGGAGAGGAGCGCCAGCAUGAGGGAGGUUGCGCUCGCAGGGAGGGCCAGCGCACCCGUUGUCGCCUCCGACGAGCCGGGGGAAAGUAGUGGCAGCAAAGCUACCGCCCCGACCACUGCCUUGAGCGGCACUGGGAGCCAGCGGAGGACUGGCGGAUCAGCCAGUAGUGACGACGGCACUGUUGGCGACGGCACCACGAGACAAGACCGAACAGACAUGUCGAGCUGCGCACCGGAGCUCGAGGGCAUCGCACCACCCAAGGCCCUUCUAGAUCCCGCCGUGGCCGUGAGCGGUAUUACGCCACGGAGCAGUGUGGGCAGCGGCAACAGGGACUCCAAAUUCAUUGAGAUCAUUGACUAAGCAGACCUAUCACGAUCUCGGGGGCGCAAAGGAUAGGUACUGGGGCCGGAGGCCAGGAUCCAGCGUUUUAUUGUUCUUGUUGAGCAUUGGGACUAUACAGGUGAAUAUUCGAUACCACAUGCGAAGCACUGGAGUUAUUUGGGUUACGUAUAACAUGUCUUUAGCGACCAUCUUUUGCAAGCUGGUCGUUGCGAUUUGUGGCAAGUCAAUCAAGAACUGCGUUUCGUGGAAGGAUGUGUCUACACUCUCUCACCAAGCCGGGCUGAUGCAAAAUCAACCAACAACAGUAGUAGACACAUGGCAAGUGGCUGAUGGCCAAAGGCCGAGUUCAUACAGACCAGGCUGCAUGGACGAACUAGAAUUGGACGAUAAUAGGAUGUCUUCAACAAUAUGGAUUAUUC